AUGAAUUCCCCAGCCUCCGAACAACAUCUGACCGUCAUCAGCGUCCAAAACAUGGAUUCUCCAGCCUCCGAACAAUAUGACGACGCAGUAUCACACGAACAACAUCUGACCCUCUACAGUGAGGAACAAAUUGGCGCAUAUAAUCUGGUUUCCAAUGCUGCAUUGCGUAUGAUCAGUAUAAUCGAAAUAGCCCUGCCUUCGACCAUGACUUUGUGCCAAGACCUUGGUGCCGCACUCUCGUCGUCUGCCGUCACAGAACUCAACAUUCACGGAGAACUGUGCCCUGCAGCGGUUUCAUGGCUUUUAGACGAGAAGUGGAGAAUAGUUCUAGGACAAUUAACUGUUUUGCGCUACAAACUUGACCUGACCACGGCAGAGGAUGAAUUUGAGGAGCAAGUGAAUUGUCCCUGGGAUUCCCCACUAUGGCCGAAAAUGUUAUCCCGAUGCACUUCCUUGGUCUUGUUUCUCGUCAAGACACCCGUCCUUAUUCAAUUCGAUCACGGCUUAUCCCCCGAUUUUACCAUCAGCAAGGCUGUAGAAAAAUGGAAUUUGGAAUCCAUUAAAACACUUCGACGAUUCUAUCUGUUCCAUGCAUAUAAGUCAACGCGGGUCACUGACUUAUAUGGAUGCCAUAAUCUUCUCUGGCGCACUUCAGAAAAUGACCAGUGGCACCAAACAAUAAUUCGCCCACCAAAGAAAAUCAUGUCAUUACACCGCCGUUUGCUUCGAUAUUCUGCGGACCGAAUCGAAGAUUCCGAUAUAGAUGUAUUUGAUUCUGAUGAUUCUGAUGAUACUGACGAUACAGAUGAUGCUGAUGAAUAUGAUGAUUAA